ACAGUUUCUGUUUAUGAUCCGAACUAUCUGUCAAGUAGUGCAGUGCAAAUUCCGUCGCUUGUGUCAUCCGUGACCGUCAGCGAAGGAUCAAUCGGACCAUAUUUGUGUUAAAAUACUUGUUUUCUAAUAAUUUUACAAAAUGUCUCGGCCAGGAGAUAGACCUAAUCAAGCGCAGACGUAUAAACUAGUCGUCGUGGGGGGUGGUGGUGUCGGAAAAAGUGCUAUCACUAUACAGUUUAUCCAGAGCUAUUUUGUGACCGACUACGACCCUACGAUCGAAGACAGCUACACGAAGCAAUGCGUGAUAGACGAUAUUCCCGCGAAAUUGGACAUCCUGGACACAGCGGGUCAGGAGGAGUUCUCUGCCAUGCGCGAACAGUACAUGCGCUCAGGCGAGGGCUUCCUUCUCGUGUUCUCUGUGGCCGAACACUCCAGCUUCGACGAACUGUACAAGUUCCACAAGCAGAUCCUACGUGUGAAGGACCGGGACGAGUUCCCCAUGCUCAUGGUGGGGAAUAAGGCAGAUCUGGAGGCGCAGAGAGUGGUAUCACUAGAAGAGGCCCAAGCCCUCUCCCGACAGCUCAAAGUGCCGUACAUCGAGUGCAGCGCCAAGGCCCGCAUGAACGUGGACCAGGCCUUCCACGAACUCGUGCGCCUCGUCCGCCGGUUCCAGGAGGCCGAGAGAGUCCACAUCAAGGCCGAGCACGGGAGGAAGAGCAAAAAGUGCGCGAUUUUGUAACGUACGUAACGUGGUUUUGUGUUCAGAUGCUGUUAAGUUUAAGUCUUUGCUGUAAAGUCGAAGUCAAGUUUACCCCCAAAGGGCCUACCGCGUACUACGUUCGACGUGUUGCCUCCCUAUUAUACUUUCGUACGAGUUUAUAAGUGCGACAGAGAGGGAACACGUCGAACGUGGGUCGCGGUAGGCUCUAAGUUUAUUGAGUAUUUUUUUUUUGUUAAUCAAUCUAGCCAAAUUCGUCUGCGGCAAAUUCCGUACACGAGCUUAUUUUUCUUUUUUUUUUCAACCGUAGGAAAUAAAGCACAUCUCGCAAUCGUUGCUUUGUCUAUGAUUUAUAGUUUGGCCCAGGUCUCAUUUCAAACAUAGACAGAGAGAAUCAUAUUCUCUUUGUCUUACGCUAGUACUAGCACCUAAAAGAAAGGGAUGAGUAUAGUUUUCCUGGUUCUUACUGACUGGCAAGUUACGUUUGCCAGACUAACAAUCGUGUACUUUUGUUUGAGAAAAGGACUCGUGUACUGAAUGUCCCGCAGACGGAUUUUGCCGCAUUGAAUAUAUUUCAAUUAUUUACAAUUUCAUUGUUUCAUUUGUGUAAUGAAAAUAGUCAUGCAUUUAUAUGGCUAGAUUUCGUUACACAAUGGAAUAAAUUAAAUGUUGACGAAGGCAUUUAACCAUGUACAAUUCUUAAAGCCAAUGGCUCCACGAUUUUACCAAUGAUGAGGCUCGGUUUUAUACGAAAAAUCGGUUCAAUAUUAAAACUUAUUUACUAAUAAUUAAUCUGAUAUAAUAUAAGAUUUCACAUAACACAUUUUAAAUCAAUCUAACUGUAAAAGAAAUGAUGAAAGAAAACUCAUUAUUAAUUUACUUAACGGCAAAGCUGAGACUUGACAGUAGAUUAGGAAUAAAUGAAAAUCUAGCUCGCUGUCAUGGCCUGAAAAUAUUGAUCAGGUUUAUGGAGUCACUUCUAUAAUUGUCCGGUCAGUAUCAAAAGUAGCGGAUCAGAAUACGCAUCUCUACCAUUAAAAUAAAUAAAUAAAUAAAUAAAUAUUAUAGGACAUUAUUACACAAAUUGACUAAGUUCCACAGUAAGCUCAAUAAGGCUUGUGUUGAGGGUACUUAGACAACGAUAUAUAUAAUAUAUAAAUAUUUAUAAAUACUUAAAUACAUAGAAAACACCCAUGACUCAGGAACAAAUAUCCAUGCUCAUCACACGAAUAAAUGCCCUUACCAGGAUUUGAACCCGGGACCAUCAGCUUCGUAGGCAGGGUCACUACCCACUAGGCCAAACCGGUCGUCAAAGCUAAUAACUUAACAAAACGAAGAAUGUAUGUAGACGCAGGUAAAUACUUCUAAACGUGAACUGCCGUGAUAUAUAACAGAGGUCCGCGCCGCCGGCGUGAAGGUCAUUGUUUUAGAGAAAUAAACACUUACUGAUUUCUCUCAAAAUAUGCGUAGAAAUAUUGUUUUGACUUUCGCAAUAAUAGGCUGCGAGAUACUGCGUUGUUCGCGCUUGAGAGAGGCGCGCUGGCAAUAGAAUUUCGUACAACAUCGAUGGCCUAGGCCGACAAAGUGACCUUGAACGCGCCGCACCGGAUAUAGAAAUUGUCAAAUUUAGUUUGAAAUUUUGAGAUCGGCGUUACUUUUUUGACGACCCGGCGGCGGCGGCGCGCUGGCGUGACGUGGACCUCUAAUAUCUAUUUGGAAAAGUAUUCCAGGCAUUGACGUAUAUCUAAAGUCGGGCCUUACGGGCAAUACGAAUUUGGCCAGUACAGCGGUGUCACGCACACGAAUUCGAGCCAAUCGUGCAGUCUAACGCCGCAACGCGAUUGGUUGAUGAGUUCGCAUCACGCGCGCGAUUGGUCGCAACUAGUUGCGUUAGACUGCACGAUUGGCUCGAAUUCGUGAGUGACACCGCUGAACUAGCACCAUUCUUAGUGCCCGUAAGGCCGGUCCUUAGAUAUAUGUCAAUGAUUUCAGGGUGGCAGACACUUUUGACGAGCUAUUUCAUACGUUACUAUUGACGCUGACUGUACACCAUAUCUAGCUAAACAGAGAUGUACUCCUAAUAAUCUGAACACCUAAAAUAUAUUUUUAUAUCACAAUAUUUAAUAUUUAUUUUUUGUUCAAUGAGAUUCGUUUUUCUACUCUUUCCUUAAUUUUUUUAAGCAUAGACUAUUUAAGUCUAGGUAUUUAUUCUUGUUUUUUUUAGGUUGUUCUUAAGCUUUAUUACGGGAUAGUUAUUUUUUGGUGGGUGCAUUUAUUUCAAAUAUUAGGAGUAAAAGAAUAAUUACAAUGCAUCUGCUUUUUGUUGUUGUUUCCAUAUAUUAUUUUAUUGGUGCUAUAUUUCUUUUACUAGUGCCAUACUUCAAAUUUCUACUGAGAAAAAAGAACACCAAAUAUCGCUUUAAAAAUAGGGCUUUAAUUUUAACAGUUCUUUUGCUGUAAUGAUAAUGUAUACGACCAUUUUUAUUGAAUGUCAGUUGUUUUAUUAUAAUAUUCAGGUGUGAGAUAACUCAAACAAAACUAGUUAAGUUCAUAAAAUGCUGGAUUUUUUCCACCGAAUUUAAGAUUGAAUAAGACUUACGUUCGUCGAAAAGAAAUUGCUAUUGUGUAACAAAAAUUUGACGUACAAUAUUUGUUACUAAAUUUCGUUACACAAUAAAAUUUACUAAAUUUUAACCUAAGUCUUUGAUAUACAUAUAGUUUGGCAAGUAAUUUCUGUCAGUAGAAAAAGGCAACAAAUUUUAAAAAUGUAGGUGCAAAAGGUUGUCCUCCCAUAGAAUUUUUGAAUUUCGCGUUUUUUUUCUACGGACAAAGUGGGGUUGUCAGAGCAUAGUAGUGUUUUUUUAAUUUCUAACUUUUACUAACAAUUAAACUUGGUCGUAUACAUUUAGCGCUAUACGGAGACGAUGCUAACAUCAACGUAGCUUAGCAGUAUAUUCUUAUACAUUUUUGAGUCAUUUUGUCUUUGGGAUAUGAUCCCAAUUAAUCACUGAAAAAGGGUAUAACAAGAAAAAAAAUUGAAAAUUUGUUCAUACCGACUACUAAAAUAUGGGUGGAUAGAGUUAUUUACAGACGUGCAAGUUGCGGAAAGUUUCCAAAGAACUAGAAAAUUCUCAGAAAUGUCAAGAAACAUUCACAAAAAACAAAGGAAACUUUCACUUUCGAUUUCUACGCAAAAGUAUGGGUUGCCGAAAUUUUUCCAUGUGGUAAUUUCGCGAUUUGGAAACAUUCCGACGGCAAAUCCCUAGUUAUUUGUUUCAUGACAACCUGGGCCGUUUACGCAAUAACGCCUCGUGCGGCAAGAUACCUCAAAAUGGACGGUUUCCGACAAGGGCCGCCAUAUUAAAAACUUGCCGCCUCGUGGCUGCGCGCCGCACGGCGCGGAAAUUCAAAAUAUUGCUUUGCCGGCCGAGGGUUAUAGAAGACUUUCGAUCGCGUACGAAGUAUCUAAGUUAUUAUUUUUUGAGUUCCCUUUGCGUAUGUAAAUAACUAAUCUCUCCCAUUAUUAAGUCGUAUGUAAUGCUAAGAAAAACAGAAAUAAAACUAGGACGUCCCCCGAACGUCUGGAAACCAAAUACUAAUGUUUAUGUAUUUUGUUAUUAACAGUUUUUCGGUAUUUUAAUAUUAGCUAGCUGUAGAUUUGUAAUUCGAUGUUCAUCGGCCGAAAAGGGACACUGUUUCUUUUAGCUAUAUCUCAUCUGAAUAAUUAAAUUAUUUUGCAACUUCCAGAAAGUAUUUGAAUAUUAAUGUGAACAUGAAAUGUUUUUGACGCGAACGACACAAAUCGAUUUUAUUUGUUUAAGAAUGUAUCUUAACGUGGUGGUAACACUAUUAUUCUAACAAAUUUGAAAAUUCUGAGAUAGUGAUAUUGGGUCUGGUAAUAUUUAAUGACUUGGCUAAUAGUUGCCAGUAUAUUCACGAGCUUUAUGGAUUUCAUUGGGGUAGCAGCCAUACAAGGCUAAAGCCCAAUCUGUUGCUAAGGCCCAAUUUAAUUUCCGACCACGAAGUCGUCACCUAUUAGCAGUGCCUAAAACACGUACUAUGUCCCAUGGCAAAUCACCACUUGUCCGCGCUCUACAAUAUAUUAACGCGCUCCUCGCAUCAGCACAGGAAUGUGAUGUAUUUGGAAGUAGUUGGAAGUUCUGUGAGACGAUGGAUAAGCGAGAAUCUUCUGUCUUGUAUUAGUCUUCUUUCUUACAUUUGUUCUGUUUGUCCUUUCUAGACUGUAUCAUGUACCUAGUUUGUAUAAAUACUGUCUAUUAUAACUUUCACAGUGUAUUAGUUCGCUGUAAUGCUGUGUAAAUUUUUUUAAUCAAUAAAAAAGUACUACCGUACAGAAAUGUCACGUCAUACAAAACCAAAGUUUGACAGCGAUUCAAGGACAGUCUCUUUCUAACCUUUUGUCUUUGUCCUCCCAACCUUCAACCUUUCAACCGUUGUUGUCUUUUCUUUUUUGUGUAUGGCACUAUCACUUUCGUCUAUUUAUAGUGUUGGUUAAGACUCGAGUUCUUUGAGUCCUCUGCUUUUAAACUCGACUCAGUUUUUCAGACUCACAUAUUAAGUCUAAACUCGAGUUCGUUCGUUCAGGGACUCGAGUCUUAAAUAGGGACUUGAGUCCUUUUCAAGGAAACUCACUAUUUUUUUUUCUUUUUCGAAAUGCUUUGUCUUUAAGUAAUAUUCGUAGAUUACGCACACAAAUUACACAAUAACGCAUAAUUUCUUUACUUUUAUUUAGGUUACACCUAUGAAAUUGUUGACACAGUCUUUAUUCGGAGGUUCGAGUCCUUUUGAGUUCUCUUAAAAAGACUCAAUAAAUUACUCGCCUCGGGACUUAAAAGACUCGGAAGUUUUUUUAAGCGCCUAGUUUCGUAAAAACGAGUCGAGUUCUUCAAAUUCAGACUCAAAGUUCCUACCAACACUAGCUAUAUAGGGUUGUCCAAAAUUCAAGUCAGUAUCUUAUCUGUGGUUGUGCACGCAAAGGGACGUCAAGUUGUGCCAACCCUAAUAAUUGCUCGGAGCAAUGCUGAGCCGAGUGUGCCCGAACGCUCUAGUCUCCCAACUGGCUAAAGCGUUAUUCUUGUGGGAUGCCCCAUUUGUGUUUAUUUACUCGAAAACAUUUAUAUUUAAAUCAUUGAUAUAUAUUUAAAAGAUCAGUGUCCGUUUGAAGCCAGCACAACAAUAAUUACAUAAUAGGAUGCACAUUUUGUAGUUGUUUUGUAAAGAGAUAUACAAUACAUAUAUUUUUGUAACGUUGUAUUUAUUGGUUCGGGCUUUUUGCGCGGUUUGUGGUGCACAAGUUUUGAUACGGUUUUACAAUCAUUUUAACGUUUGUACGUAGGUUUACUGUAACUUGGAUAUUUUAACUAGAAGCUUGUACAACUUAUGGUGUAACAAAAAUAGUGGAGAUCCGUUUCAGCGCAUAUUCAGUAUCAUGUUCAAUAGGCCUAGCACACGAUAGACUACCCGUCUUUUUCUAACUAUGUUAAUUAAAGAGGGACGAGUAGUCUAUCUCGCCGAGAGAUAUUGUCGCGCUAAUCAUGUGCUAACCCGGCUGAUUAGAAAAAUGUAGAAGAUUUUUUUUGGCUAUUUUGUAGAGGGUUGUCAGACUUGGAAGACCUUCCCCAUGACAAUUUUUUUUUUCUAUUUUUUCCUAAUCAGGACAUGAUAACGAAUAUGCCCUUAAACGGAUCCCCACUCAUUUUUUUAUACCUUGUAUAUAUAUGUAUGUGUAAACAAUGUUAGGGAAUUAUAUGUUUGAUGUGAAAGGUCCCAAAAUAUUUAUUCUAAUAUGGUAAAAUAUGAGGACAUAGUAAAAAACCGUAACGUAACGGAGUCCGUUCUUCAAAAAUUUACCCGAUUCCAUUAUGUAACGCAACCUAAUCAUAUUAUUAAUCUUUCGUUACGCAAUGGAAUAUUUUUUUUGGCGAAUUGAAACGUAGAACAUUUUACAUGUUUUGAAUGUGACCGUACAUAAUUAGACAGCAUAAUUAAACUACCUAUUUAACCAAACUGUGUGUGUAAACAUGUCUAAUUUGUUUGAUGAUAUCAUAGUAAAUAGGUGAGCGAAAACACUGCCAAUGGUGCCGGAAUGCAUAGUUUUCUACAAUUUAACAAAAAUAAUAUUAUACUAAGUAUAGUGUAAUUUUCGAAAUAGCAAUUUUUUAAGUAAAAAUAAAAGUAAAUUUGUAAAUACUAGGACAUUUCAUUUGGCACGUUAGGUAAUGAAUUUAGGGAUUUUUUCACAAUGUCCAAUUAAAGUAUUGGAUAGCUAAGUAACAAAUAAAAUAACUGCCAGAUAAAAGUGCCUGCAAAACUUAGCGCUUUCUACCAGUUAAGCUUAUUUGGAGAUUGUGAAACGCCAACGAUGACUGUCUGUCAGAUAAGUGGCAAGUAGCUUAUUGUGGACUUUACUUGGACAUUAUGAAACAGGUCCUUAAUGAAUUUACCUAAAAUUAGCAGAACCCAACACACUUGAUAUCUAGGAUUUGUUUCCGCGUAUUUUUAUUACCUAUUGCAAUGAAUAGUGUCACAAAUCAAAAUGAUUUUUGUCAAUUUCAGCCAUAGUACAGAGUGGGGAAGCCAGUCGGGGUUUUUGUUUGAGUGUGCGUGCGGCGACGCAUAGAUACUAUGGCGCACACAUACAAGGCGCGUGCGGUGCGUUUGUAUGAAGAUAACCUACACUGAAAAAAAAAAAUAGCCGAACUGGUUUUGUAACUUUACUAAAUAACUAAACUACGGUUAUAAGAAAAUAAACUUUGCAUAAAUUUACAAAACUUAUUUUGUAGUGUAUAAUAAAUACCUGAACACUGAUAGCCAAACACGGUUUUGUAACAUAUAACACAUAGUUCGCAAGUCCCAAUUUUUGUGUAAACAGUAACCAAAAUGUUUGUUACAGUUAUGCAAACAUUUCUUUCAGUGUACUUCCCCACUCUUUGUACUAUGUUUCAGCGAAAAGAUUAUUUCGAAUCGUAAGGAGUGACAGUGACACUAUUUGAGUGCGAUAUUUUCUUUGUUAUAUAUAUUAAUACGUAUUAAAAAUGCCUCUUAUUAAACCAGUAUUGUUUUUGUUGUGAUUUACUCAGUACCAUUACGUUUACUUAAGUACAAGACACGUCAAUGUCAGUUCAAAUGCAAUUCUGACUCACGUAUUUUUAAGUCGAAGAUUGCUAGACAUAUUUCGCUCCAUAACGAAAAGCUUCAACUGGAGCAAGCGUUGGCGUACCUACCUAAUCGUGAUCGACUUUAAAAUACGUGAGUGACCCGUUUGAAUAUAUUUAAUACAUUCGCAUAAUACUUGUUAGUGUAUGUUUCCCUGUUGUUGUUAUAAGGUGUGUCAAUAAAACAAAUUAACUUCAAUUGUUUUUGAAACGUGGAUUCACUGAAAUUUGACAAGCUAAAUAAAAUAAAAAACUACAUUGAUUCCAUUAUGUAACGGACUUGACUGUUGUCUGUGUAUGAUAAAUUUUCGUAACACAAUGGAAUCAUUUAAAUAGGGAAUAUUACGCGAAUCUCUGCGUAGGGGGCGCCACUACCACAAUCCAUCACAAUCUGAGGUUUAUCUAACCUCUCUAUCACUCUUGCAUAUUCGAGCGAUGAAGAGACAGAUAACUCAAUGUCGAUGUUCACGUUUCCCGGUAGACCCUUUGUAAACAAACCGCCUCGAUGCAUCAACGUCAUAUUUUAUUAUCUGUGAAAUCUUGUCAAAAAACAGUUUAAGGCACAGUAUGUAUAAGUUACUUUGUGGUUUACGAAAGGUGCUAGUGCUGCACUCUGGCGGCAGAACAUUGCAGUAACACUCCCUAUUGUAGUCGUAUUAAGGCUAUUCUACUUUACAUAGUUUAAAAAAACAUCUAGUUUCAGCCUUCUACCUAUUUGGUUCUAAUUUUUUUUUUGGCAAUUUAAAAAAAAAUUGCGACGGUUUUAUAAACAUAGGUAUAUUUCUAAAAUUGUAUUGUGAAUCCUCCUUUUACUUGUCAUUUAAUUCCUUAGGAGUUCCUUAAAAGGAAAUAAAUGGAAUGCAUUGUUAUUACUAAUGGCGGUUGUAAGCUAACAUCCAUUGUAAGUGAAACCGCCGUUAUUCGGUAAAUAUUUCCAGUACAUUUGUCCAUCAUUCAUACGUCGUUAAAGACCAAUGAUAUGUCGAUAAACGUUACAGUACUAACAGGACAUUCAACUGACCUUUUGAGAUUUUCAUCUGAUAACACUGAUCGUGAACGACGUCAUGGACUAAUUAAUAUUAAUAUUAAUUAGUCCAUGACGACGUAAACGACGCGCGUGGAUACAACCCAAUAUCAAUCUUCGUGCAUUCCAACAAGGUUCACGUUGACGCGCCGCACACGAUAGGCGUGUUCAAAGGGUAAAGGCCUCCUCGAUGCCGUGGAGUAAAAAUCCUCCAUGAUGCUCCGAGGUCUCAGACUAUUCAUUGUACCCUAAUUGAAAUAGGGAAGAAUAUGCAUUGAAGCGGUAGUGGCCUAGUGGGUAUGACAUCCGACUUUCAAUCAGGAGGUCGCGUGUUCAAAUCCUGGCUCGUACCAAUGAGUUUUUCGGAACUUAUGUACAGAAUAUUUGAUAUUCACCACUAGCUUUUCGGUGAAAGAAAACAUCGUGAGAUGAGAAAACAACUGAAUACAUCCGCGAAGAAAUUCAAAGGUGUAUUAUGUGAAUUGUGAAGUCUCCAACCCGCAUUGGGCCAACGUCGGGACAGCCCAAGCACUCGCGCAUGGGAGGAGGCCUGUGCCCAACAGUGGGGCGUAUAUAGGCUGAAUUAUUAUGCAUUGAUAAAUUUAAAGUGAUCUGCGCUGCGCACCGCCGGUUCGCGCAGGCCAAGAAAGCGAACCUCAAAUAAUUACAGUGAUAUUCCUCGAGUAUUAUACAAUACGCAUGGUUCCAUGUCCACAUAAUGUAAGGCAGUUAUGUGGCGACUGUGUGGUAGCAGUCUUAUUACCCUUCAACUCUUUGCAUGCCACGUCAUUGUGAACCUUGUCGGAGUGCACGAAGGUUGAAAUUGGGCUGCAGCCGCGCGCGUCAGUUGACUUCUUUCGCGGUCAAAGGGUUAAAAAUUGGUUUACAAUUGGUCAGUAGAGUAUAUUUUUACUAUAACUUGCAACAAUAUCUUGUACAACAAAGGUCAGUUAUUUUUGCGCGCUUCGUUGUGUCAGACAUUAUUGAAGGUAUUAGGGGUCAGAUGUUAAGGGCCUCCCGGUCCCGACUAAACCGUUAAUGUUGUCCAGCUAAUGUAUUACCUAAUAAACACGGCAAUAACAA